AGGAAAAACAAGCAAAGCCGAACUCCUCCACCUAAAGAUGCAAAGUUUGAGGAAAAGGUCAAAUAUCUUCAAGCAAAGAAGCUAGUGAGUGAGCUCAAAAAGAGAGAAAAGAAGGGGGAGGGUGUUGGCACGAUGGAGGUUUUACCAACAUCGGAUCAACAAGAUUCUUCUAACUCCAAAGAUGGUGGUUCUACCGCUCCUAGUAUUGAGGUUGAAAGCUUACCUCCUAAUGAUACUACUAUGGCCGAGGUGUCCUUGGCUAUUUCUAAUGCAAAGAGUGGUGAUGCCUCAAACAAUGAGCCAUCUCUUGCACCCCAUGCAAUGGGGGGAGCUGGUUCCUUUGCGGAGGCACUCUUGGGGAUUUCAUCUUCUACAAAUGUAGGUGUAACAAAGGAGAGUAUUCCAAGCAAGGUUCAAACUACAUCUAUGGAAGUGUCGGAUUACAACAAAGUGAUUAUUCAGGAUGAAGACGAGUCCAUCUCACUUGGCUCACAUGACACCGAACCCAGCAAGCGAGACCAAGAGGAGGAAAAAGGGGAGGGAGGAAAGCAAUGGUCCUCCCUAUUCCAUAAUAACCGAGCUCCUUCUUCCGGAUUAAAGCUUGAAUACUUUCCACCCACCGGUGAAAAGUUGGAUUUUUCUCACUUAAAAGUUCCUACUCUCAUUGAAGUGUGGGGCUAUUGCUUGGUGGGUCACUUUUCGGGAAGGUUUCCAGGACUUAAAGCCAUAUAUGCCAUGACCAAAGCAUGGGAGGUGGAGGUACAAGUCAAAACACAUGGCAAGGGUUGGGUCAUAUUCAAGUUUCUAUGCGAGGGUGACCGAACCAAGGUACUAACCGAAGGGCCAUAUAUCCUAUAUGGCAAGACUAUGUUCCUUAAAGAAUUAUCGGAAGACUUCUCUACAAAUAGUGACGAGUUCCUCAAAGUGCCAACAUGGGUGAAAUUUCCUAGGCUUUCUAUGCGUUUGUGGCAAGCAAAUGAGAUUGGGAGGAUUGCCUCUAUGGUGGGUGUCCCUAUUACGACCGAUAAAGUUACUCAAGACAAAACCUACACUAGUUUUGCUAGAGUACUAAUUGAAAUUGAUGCUUCCAAGCCACCGACCCUCCAAUUUCCAAUUAUCCUCCCCUCAGGCAAAGAGUAUGUGCAAACAGUCCUAUACGAGACCUACCCUAAUUUUUGUUGUCAUUGCAAAAAAUUUGGGCAUCACUUCUUCGUGUGUAAGGUUCUCAACCCGCCAAAGGGAAAGGUAAUUGAGGAGGUUUCGACCAAGGGAAAAACAGUGGGGGUAACAACGGAGAAGGAGGAGAACUUCCAGGUGGUCACUUACAAAAAGAAGCAACCUAACGCUCCUUUACAAGGCAGGUUACAAACUGCCUAUAAGCUGCCGGUCUUCCCGUUUGUCCCCAAAAAUGUUGAAAACGUUUGGGGCAAAAAGCAUGUUGUUGAUAAAGAUUGGGAUGGACGUCAAGUUUCUAGCGUACAUGAGAUGGAAGUUGAUGAUAUAGUUACAAAAUUUGUAACUAAAGAAGACGGAUUGCACUUGGCGUUUGUUAAGAAGAGGCACCAAAUUGAGAGCCAUGCUUCCAUUGUUAGUAUCGGGAGAGACCUUCAUAGGGAGCCUCGCAUGGAUAAACCGGCUAUUUGCUUCACGGACUCUUGUCUUGUAUCACUUCCCGGAGUCAAACGUGCAAGGAGAUGGUACGCAUUUAAUAAAGAAAUUUUUAUUCUUAAUGUUGCUUGUUUUUUUGAUGUCAAUGUGAGGCACAACAAGGAUUUCUUGCAAGCUAAAAAACUGCCCACGGAGAGUAUUAUCCCCUCCAUGGCUUUGCAAUCAAGAGGAGAAGGUGCGAGUUCCUCCAAAUUGCCGGCACCAUAUACGAAGGCAGCACUUUUGGAUCCUUUAACCGGGGAGAAAGUCGCUCAACAAGUUGAAAAUCCGGAGGGACGAAGAGUUCGCAACAUGCACGACAUGUUUGAGGAUGAUGUAGUCACCAACAUGCUCAAGGAUGAAAACGGGAAAAGGGUGAUCUUCGUUAAACCCUUAGAUGAUAUUGCACAUGAUGUAAAAGUAGUGAAAGUGGGGCCUAGUCUUGAGUGGGUACCAUGUGAUGAACCGGGGGUCUUCUUUACCGAGCCGUGCUUGAUCUCAUUCCUAACGGUUAAGAAGAACAAAGAUUGGUAUGACUUUGAUACUUUGCUUUUCACUAACGAUGUGUUUGAUUUUUUUGAUGCCAACACUAGUUGGAACAAAAAAUACUUGAAAGAAAAGCAAAGAAGGAAGAGGAAGGCCGAGCGUGAGAAGGAGAAAGGGCAAAUUCAACCCGGGGAUGAUGGCUACACCUCGGAUUUCUAUCUCACUUGAUGAUUACACAGAAAUGGAGUCAAUUUAUUGAUGGCACGGCUCAGUUUUCAAUUGUGAGGAAACUAAAGUUGCUCAAAAGGCCGCUAAAGAACCUCAACGCAGUGGAAUUUGGGCAUAUAUCAAUGAAGGCAAAGAGAGCAAAGGAAGAAUUCAAAAGGUUGAAUAAAUUAUUGCUAGUCUCGCCUCUUGAUGAUGAUUUAAAAUUGCAAGUGGGGGCUGCUAGGAAAAAGGCUACCUUUUUGGGGGAGGCCGAAUCAUGCUUCUACCAACAAAAAGCAAAGGCCACACACAUCCUUGAGGCAGACAAAGGCACAAGAUACUUCCAUGCCAUCGUGAAGAGGAAUGCUACAAGGAACGCCAUUUCUUCCAUAGUUUUGGAGGACGGUAGCCUUACUACUUCCUUAGAUCAGGUUGGGGAUGAAUUUGUAAAAUUUUUUGUGAAUUUAUUUGGUACUAGCGAGAUAAACCUACCCCUUGACCCGUUGGUUUUAGGAACCGGCCCCUUGAUUGAACCAAGUGUUCAUGAUAGCCUUCUUACUCCGGUAACAAACAAGGAAAUUAAAGAUGCUUUGUUUGAUAUUGGGGAUGACAAGGCACCGGGGCCGGAUGGGUUUACCUCGGCCUUCUUUAAGGCAAAUUGGAGUUUUAUUGGGGAUGACAUAAUCCAAGCGAUUAAGGAGUUUUUUCGGACGGGUAAGUUGCUCAAACAGAUCAAUCAUACUGUUAUAGCACUUAUCCCUAAGACUAAUCACUCCCCGAAAGUGUCGAACUAUAGACCUAUUUCAUGCACGAAUGUAUUAUAUAAAAUUAUCACAAAAAUUAUUGCGGCUCGAUUAACCCCGUGUCUUUCGGGACUGGUUAAUCAAGCCCAAGGAGCUUUCGUAGAUGGCCGCCUAAUGUUUGAUAACAUUUUCCUAGCCCAGGAAGUUGUUAGAGGAUACAAUAGGAAGCGAAUCUCACCGAGAUGUAUGAUUAAGGUAGAUUUGCGCAAGGCCUACGACACGAUUUCCUGGGAUUUCUUGGACAAAGUCUUGAGGGGCAUGGGCUUCCCCGAUAAAUUUAUUGCAUGGAUUAUGGAGUGUGUGUCCAAUGUCUACUUCUCGGUUUCUUUAAACGGAUCGCUUUACGGAUUCUUCAAAGACAAACGUGGAAUUAGGCAAGGGAUGUCCAAUGUCCCCUUUGCUUUUUGUUUUGUGCCUUGAAUAUUUCUCCCGGUUACUCACCGUGAGAACCAAAGGGGGGAAUUUUAAUUACCACCCGCAAUGCUCCACGUUGGGCAUCACCCAUUUGGCAUAUGCCGAUGACCUUAUGCUAUUCUCGAGAGGUGACACAUUUUCCAUUGAAAUAUUGGUCAACGCUCUCAAAGAGUUUGGCGAGGCAUCCGGUCUAAGGGUUAACCACGAAAAAUCGAAUAUUUUUUUGGGAGGGGUGAAGGAGCUAGAACUACAAAACAUUUUAAACAUUGUCGACUAUGGGCAAGGAAUAUUCCCGGUAAGAUACCUUGGAAUACCACUUGCCCCGCUAAAGGUAUCGGUUGCACAAUAUGCUCCCCUAAUCGACAUGGUCAAAGAUUUCCUAAAUGCGUGGAAUACGAAAACACUAUCCUAUGCUGGAAAAAUUGAGCUAAUCCGAUCGGUGAUCCAAGGGGUCCAAUCGUUUUGGCUCCAAAUCUUCCCGGUUCCGCAAACCAUAUUGGAUAGGAUAGUGUCCAUUUGUAGAAUGUUUUUGUGGGGUGGAAAGUUUGCGAAGGUGGCUUGGGAUGACAUAUGUCUUCCAAAAGAGGAAGGGGGUCUUGGCAUCCAUAAUGCCCGUACUUGGAACCAUAGCCUCCUUUCUCGCACUCUUUGGGACGUACACAAAAAGAAAGAUACCCUUUGGGUUCGUUGGGUUAAUGGUGUAUACCUUAAGGGUAGAAGUGUGUGGGAUUUUGUCCCACACGGCCGAGACUCACAACUCAUGAAGAGGUUAAGUCAAAUACGGGACAAAAUACGAGGAUGCUUUAAUAAUUUAAAUGAAACCAUUAUGGGCCUUAACGCUAGGAGUAGGGUUGGACUCGGGCCGGGUCGGGCCCGGGCCGGGCCUAGGCCUGGUCGGGCCGGCGGUUCUAUAUAGUUGGACCCGGGACCGGCCCGGGUAGCCACCGGGUCCGGUCCGGGUCCGGGCCGGGCCGGGCCUCGGGUUUGGUUACUUUUUUUUUUUUGCUUAGCUACCCAUCCCCCAAAGCCGACACACACGCCACAACAAGCUGGGGGAGGUUCUAGUGCCGCGAAGCCUAUUGUGGCUAACCUUGGGGUUAGUAUUGCUAAGGAGCUGCUGGUUCCUUCCCUUAGCAUCAAGCCGCGGCCGAGUGUUAAAUUCUCAAAGGAACGACAUCAACUUAUGGUUGCUUCCAAGGACAAAGAUGGAAAAGAGAUUUUGGCCAAUCUUCCUAGAGGCUAUGUAGUAAGGAGUGUGCACGAGAUGGACUCUAAGGACAUUGUUACCGGUGUCUUUAUUGAUGAAAAGGAAGGCCACUUGCUACUACUAUUGAUUUGGAUGAGCUACCAGAUGGAGAAACCUUGAUCAAGGUGGGGGCUGACCUUAAGCCGGUCACUAAUGAGGAGGAUCCGGGUGUUUAUUUCACCCACAGUGGCCUAUUGAAGCUGCCCGGUGUAAAGAAGAAUGGAACAUGGUAUGACUUUGAACCUAAAACUUUUAUUUCUAAUGUUUUUUCUUUCUUUGAUCCGUGUAGCAAGAACAAUGUUAGUUACUACAAGGAGCUAUUGAGGAGAGAAAGAAGGAGUGCAAGGAACAGUGCUGCCGCGGGUGGAGGUCCCACCACGGAUCUUUAUCUUACUUGAUGACAAAGGGUUUGGUAUGGAAUGUUAGGGGCCUAAAUAAGGCCUCUAAACAUAAUUUAAUUGCAUCUUAUAUCAAAUCAAAUAUGAUUUGUUUUGUUUGUUUUUUGGAAACUAAAAUGACUUUGGCCACAUUAAAUAAUUACAUUUCAAAUAAGUGGCCGGGUUGGAGUUUUGAAAAUAAUUUUGACUUGAUUAAUGGAGGUAGAAUUGCGGUCAUGUGGAAUCCGAGCCUAAUAAAGGUUGAUUUUCUUGAAAAAGAUAAACAAUUUUUGCAUGCUAGGUGUGUGUGUUGCAUUACACAAACCCCUUUCUUUGUGUCUUUUGUCUAUCCACUUUACACGGUCCUAGAAAGGAAGGCCCUUUGGGACCAUUUGACUUUGGUUGGUGACCAAGUGUCCGAACCAUGGAUGGUGUGUGGCGAUUUUAAUUGUAUUGCUACGCCCAAUGAAAGGGUGAGUCCUACCCCCCUACGGCGUAUGUAAUGCAACACUUUUUUGAUUUUAAGGUUGCCAAUAGCCUUGAAGAUGCGCCCUCCACGGGAGAGUUCUUCACUUGGAACAAAGGUGCACUUUGGGCAAAAUUGGAUCGUGUAUUAAUAAAUGAAGUGUGGGGGAUUAAAAGCAUCAGUUGUAGGGUCCAUUUCCAUGAAAUGGAGGUUGAGUUUGACCAUACGGCAUCCGUAGUGUCAAUACUCUUAAACUCCUCUCCUAGACCCAAACCGUUUAAAUUUUUUAACAUGUGGCUUAAACACACUGAUUUUGCUAAUAUCUUAGCCUCGCAUUGGAGUCAGAACGUUGUAGGUACGGCUCAAUUCAGGUUGGUGAAGAAACUUAAGGGACUUAAACGGCCCCUAAAGAAUCUCAACGCCGCGGAAUUUAGUCAUAUCUCUAGUAGGGCAAAGAGGGCAAAGGAAGAGUUCAAACGGUUGCAUAGAUUGGCACUUCUAGAUCCGGGGGAUCAAGAAAUCAAGGCCCAACUGUCCAUGGCUUCAAAGAAUGCUAUUUUCCUAGGUGAAGCCGAAACAUCCUUCUUCCAACAGAGGGCAAAGGCUACGCAUAUACUUGAGGCGGACAGGUGCACCAAAUAUUUUCAUGCAAUCGUCAAGAGGAACCUGACCAGGAAUGCUAUCUCAUCACUUACCUUGGAGGAUGGUACCCUUACCACCUCCUUGGACCAAGUGGGAAGUGAAUUUGUAAACUUUUUUAUUGAUUUAUUUGGAACUAGUGCCACUUGCCUGGACCUGGACCCCUUGGUUUUAACUUCGGGUCCAUCAAUUGAGCCUAGUGCUCAUGCGAGCCUCAUUGCCCCGGUAACAUCGUUGGACAUUAAAAAUGCCCUAUUUGAUAUAGGCAAUGAUAAGGCUCCGGGUCCGGAUGGAUAUUCAUCUGCCUUCUUUAAGGCGAAUUGGAAUGUUGUGGGGAAUGACAUAGUCCUAGCGGUCAAGGAGUUUUUUAGCUCGGGAAAGUUGCUAAAACAGAUCAACCACACUGUCAUAGCGCUUAUCCCAAAAACAAACCACUCCCCAAAAGUCUCGGACUAUAGACCCAUCUCGUGUACGAAUGUCCUAUACAAAGUUAUUACGAAAAUUCUUGCGGCUAGAUUAAUUCCGUGUCUUCCGGGAUUAAUUGAUCAUGCCCAAGGUGCCUUUGUGAAUGGCCGUCUCAUGAUUGAUAACAUUUUCCUUGCCCAGGAACUUGUUAGAGGAUACACGAGAAAACGAAUUUCACCAAGAUGUAUGAUCAAGGUGGAUUUGCGUAAGGCCUAUGAUACUAUUUCUUGGGAUUUCCUUGAGGCGGUUCUCAAGGGUUUGGGCCUCCCUUUGAGAUUUGUGGGUUGGGUUAUGGCAUGUGUUACCACGGCAUCGUUUUCUGUUUCUCUAAAUGGAUCACUAUAUGGGUUUUUUGAGGGAAAAAGGGGUAUUCGUCAAGGAGAUCCAAUGUCUCCCCUUUUAUUUGUACUAUGCCUAGAAUACUUUUCUCGACUUCUUAACUUGAAAACCAAAAAAUCGAAUUUUAAAUUUCAUCCUAAAUGCGAACCUCUUAAGAUUGCGCAUUUGGCCUAUGCAGAUGAUCUUAUGCUAUUCUCUAGGGGCGACAAGGUCUCAAUCGAAACUCUGGUCAAAGCGCUCCAAGAAUUUGGGGAUGCAUCGGGCCUUAGGGCGAAUUACAACAAAUCUAACAUCUUUAUAGGUUACCUAUUGGAGGACUUUGGACUAUUGGAAGCCGCGGCAUGUGGGAAGUGUGAAGCCGCGACAUGGGAGACUUUUGAAGCCGCGACAUGUGGAUGCAGCUUGCAUCACGUCGUCUUGUUUUUGAUUUUUGGAGUUAAAGGAGCACACUAUAACCUCCUUUGACUUAGGCUUGAUUGUUUUUUGGUAGAGCUAUGUGCGUGCACACUUGCAGCACUGAUUCUGAUUUUGUUUAGCCUCGGGCAUUGGGUAUACUAUACUUAGGCCCUGAUUUUUGAUUUUGGACUAGAUCGAAUAAAAACCUCUCCUAACCCCUACGCUAGGUAGGGGUGGGGGGAGGGUUUAGGAGAUCUAAAACCCAUGAUGUAUAGUUUUUCUUUGGGUGUUGAUAUAUAUUUACAUUUCAUCCAAAAAAAUCGAAAGAGCUCUCAGUUCUGAUGAUCCUGAUGAUUAAAGCCGUUAUAUGGAAUGUUAGAGGUUUGAAAAAACCUUCUAAACACUCUACUAUUUCGAAUUUUAUUAAUUCUAAUCAUGCGAGUUUGUGUUGUUUUUUGGAAACAAAAAUGUCAAAAUUAAAUAUUGCGAAUUAUAUAUCUAAUAAAUGGACUGGUUGGCUUUUUGAAACUAAUCACUCUUUUAUAGAUGGUGGACGUAUACUUGUAUUUUGAAAUCCUAAUUUAAUCACAUGUACAUUAAUUGAAAUGGGGGAGCAACACAUGCACUUCAAAUGCCUAUGCCUCACGUCUCAAACUGUUUUUCAUGCUACUUUUGUCUAUUCGCUAUAUACAGUUUUGAGGCGUAGGUCUCUAUGGGAGCACCUGUCUUUGCUCGGGGAUCAAAUUAAGGAUCCUUGGUUCUUAGCUGGUGACUUUAAUUGUGUUUGCUCUCCUAAUGAGAGGUUGGGUUCUAACGCACCCUCGGACUAUCUUUUAAAAGAUUUACUUGAUUUUAAAAUCCGGGCUAGCCUUCAAGAUGCCCCAUCCAUGGGGGAAUUCUUUACGUGGAAUAAGGGACAUCUUUGGGCAAAACUUGACCGGGUAUUGUUAAAUGAGACGUGGGCUCAUUUGAGGAUCGGAUGCAAGGCCCAUUUCGCUGAAAUGGAGGUCGAGUUUGACCACACGGCAUCUGUGGUGUCUAUACUCAAUAAUACCUCUCUCAGGCCGAAAUCAUUCAAAUUUUUUAACAUGUGGUUGCAACAUUGUGCUUUCACUAACAUACUUUUGCAGAAUUGGAAUGUGAAUAUUCAAGGCACGACUCAAUUCCAAAUUGCUAAGAAACUUAAGUUGCUAAAACAGCCGCUUAAGAAUCUUAACAAAGUGGAAUUUGGUCAUAUUUCUAUGAAGGCAAAAAAUGCGAAAGAGGAUUUUAAAAGGCUUAACAGGUUGUUGCUUGAUUCUCCCGAUGAUGCCGACCUCAAAGAGCAAGUAAAUGAGGCGAGAAAAAGAGCCACCUUCCUAGGUGAGGCCGAAUGUAGCUUCUUCCAACAGCGGGCGAAAGCUACACAUAUCCUUGAGGCGGAUAAGGGCACAAGGUAUUUCCACGCUAUCGUCAACAGGAACAAGGCCAGGAAUACCAUUACGUCCAUAAGGUUGGAUGAUGGUAGCCUCACUACUUCUAUUGAUCAUGUUGGGAAUGAAUUUGUAAAAUUUUUUGUUGAUCUUUUUGGCACCGAGAUGGAAACCUUUUCCUUUGACCAAACGGUACUAGGAAUCGGCCCUUUGAUUGAACCAAGUGUUCAUGAUAGCCUAUUAUCUCCGAUAACAAACAAAGAAAUUAAAGAUGCUUUGUUUGAUAUUGGGGAUGACAAGGCACCAGGGCCGGACGGUUAUUCAUCGGCGUUUUUUAAGAAAAAUUGGAAUGUUGUGGGGGGGGGGGAUGUGACUCGAGCGAUCAAAGAGUUCUUUAACUCGGGAAAGAUGCUUAAACAGUUAAAUCAUACUGUGAUAGCUCUAAUUCCUAAAACUAGUCACUCCCCUAUGGUCUCAGAUUAUAGACCUAUUUUGUGUACUAAUGUGCUUUACAAGAUCAUUACGAAGAUUAUUGCGGCAAGAUUAAUCCCUACCUUUUCGGGUUUGAUUAACAAAGCACAAGGUGCGUUUGUGGACGGCCGCCUAAUGUUUGAUAACAUUUUCCUCGCCCAGGAACUUGUUAGAAGAUACAAUAGGAAGCGAAUCUCACCUCGUUGUAUGAUUAAGGUGGAUUUGCGCAAGGCCUAUGAUACUAUUUCUUGGGAUUUUCUUGCCAAUGUUCUUAAGGGUCUGGGCUACCCCGUUUUAUUUGUGGGUUGGAUAAUGGAGUGCGUUACUACCGCAUCUUUUUCUGUUUCGUUGAAUGGAAUUUUGCAUGGGUUCUUUAAGGGUAAGCGUGGCAUUAGGCAAGGGGAUCUAAUGUCCCCGAUGCUUUUCGUUCUAUGCCUUGAGUACUUCUCUCGCCUUCUUACUAUGAAAUCUAAAGUAUCGGACUUUAACCAUCACCCGCUUUGUGGGUCUUUGUGUAUAACCCACUUGGCCUAUGCGGAUGAUCUUAUGCUCUUCUCGAGAGGAGACAAAUACUCCAUUGGAAUAUUGGUUGAGGCUCUUAAAGAGUUUGGGGACGUAUCGGGCCUAAGGGUUAACCAUAACAAAUCUAACAUUUUCGUUAGUGGGGUUAAUAGCUACGAUUUGCAGGGUAUUUUAGACCUCGUGGACUUUGAUCGUGGAGCUUUCUCGGUGAGAUAUCUCAGUAUCCCACUUGCGCCUUUAAAAAUCUCCGUGGCCCAAUAUGCGCCACUACUAGAUACGGUAAAUGAUUUCUUAAGCACCUGGAACACCAAGACGAUUUCAUAUGCAGGUAAACUUGAGCUAAUACGAUCGGUGAUCCAAGGGGUCCAAUCGUUUUGGCUCCAAGUGUUUCCGGUGCCUCAAACUAUUCUUGAUAGAAUUGUUUCGAUAUGCCGUAUUUUUUUAUGGGGUGGCAAAUUCACAAAGGUGGCUUGGGACGAUAUUUGCCUCCCCAAAGAGGAAGGCGGCCUUGGCAUUCACAAUGCUAAGAUAUGGAAUCACGCCCUCCUUGCGCGCACCCUCUGGGACGUACAUCUAAAGAAAGACACGCUCUGGGUUCGUUGGGUGAACGGUGUAUACCUCAAGGGUAGAACCGUGUGGGAUUUUGUCCUACACACCCGAGACUCCUGGCUCAUGAAGCGACUUAGUCUCAUUCGAGAUAAAAUCCGGGGUUGUUUUAAUAACAUGAAUGAUACGAUUCUUGGUCUUAAUUCCCGUUCCACAAAUGGGAAAUUAACCUCCGCAAAAAUUUAUGAUUUACUUAGAGUUAAGGGUAAUGUUAGGACUCCUAUGAGUUUCAUGUGGAAAUCCUACAUUCCCCCCAAACUAUCUUUUAACGUGUGGUUGGCUUUAAGAAACCGGCUUCCUACCCAGGAUAGCCUCGGUUAUCUGCACAUUGUGAAUAGGUGUGACCUGUGCAAGGAUGGUUUGGAGACAAUACCACACCUUUUUUUCCUUUGCCCCUUUACUUGUAGGGUGUGGCAGCACAUAAGGAUCUGGAUGAGACUUGGGCGUGAUAUGACCACCUUGCUAAGUGCUGUGAAGUGGAUUAUGAAGACUCAUAGAGGAUCGACGUUGAAGGCAAAGGCAGCCCGCCUCGCUUUCUGCGCCACAAUUUAUUAUAUCUGGCAUGGGCGUAAUGAGAUACGAUUUGAGGGGGGAUCAAAGACGGAGGGAGAUAUUAUUGCUAAGAUCAAGCAUGUGGUGUAUAAGGUCCUAUACAACUUAUACCCGCAUGAACUGAUCAACUUUUGAUGAUGGAUGCCGAAGCCGCGGCAUAACCUCCUUGGAUUUGUGUGUGCACCUUGCAACACAUCGGACUUUUGGUUGAGGCUAAGGGGAGACUUCACUAUAACCUCCUCUUGGCUGGGAUGUUCGCAUCUGUUUUUGAUGUAUUGUUAUGAUCUGUGUGCGUGCAUCAUGGCAGCACCGCUUUUCUUUUGUGAUUUUUGGGCAUUUAGUAUUGUAUACUUAGGCCCUUUUUGAGUUUUUGACCUUUGAUUAGAUCGAAUAAAAACCUCUUCUUACCCCUACACUAUGUAGGGGUGGGGGGGGGGGGGGUUAGGAGAUCUAGAACUCAUGAUGUAUAGUUUUCUUUGGGUGUUAAUAUAAAUUUACAUUUCAUCCAAAAAAAAUCGAAAGAGCUCUCAGUAGAGUACGCGUAGAGAAAAGCUCCAGCUUCUCACUAAGAUUUUUCGCACUCCCAGGGUCGGAAGUCUUAGUUCGCACGUACUCUACCUUGCUUGAUCUAGAAAUUCCACCGACUGAUUCUCGUUUUUCUUGUUGUUCUUACCUCGGAAAUCUCUCCUCUUUCACAUCUAUCGUUUGGAUUUGUUAGAAAUUGAUUUCUGAAGCAAGGACCGACGUAUUUAGAAACCUCUGCUCGCACAAUCUACUGUUCAUUCCCGAUUUAGAAGUUGUGCUUGGAUCUAAAAUUGGACGGUUGGUUGUGGAAAAGGAAGCUUGUUUGGGGGUCGCCGGCCUCUGGCGAACCUCCGACACCUGGUUUGGGACCUCCGCCACGCCGCCGUACCGGACUUUGAGAAGAGUCGUUGCGAACGGCCACUGUUCAUCGCAGUCUACAAUCUUGCAGAUUUCUUCAUUUGUUGUCGUUCAACCUGGAAUCUGAAGCUUGUUUAGAGUUCAUCUGGCUGGGACGAAGCUGCUGGUACUGAUCUUAUCUGCUACAAGUCGGUAAUCCGUUUUCCCCCAAAUUUCUUGGGCACUGUAGCUACGACGAAGGUCAGACUGCUUUGACUCUCUUUACUGCAAUUAUUCGUUGCUUCUUUGAAUUAUUGUUUCUCUGUGAGCUUCGUCAGGUUUAGCAGCACCUCUGGUAUUUUUUUGGGAAUUGUUUAACUGGAUUUGAGCUUGUGCGUUACUGUUCAUCUUCCCUGGGAGAUUGCUACAGUAAUCUCUGCGCACCAGAACUAGUUAAUUGAUUCUCUAGUCAUUUGUACUUGGUGUUUGCUUGUUCUAACAUUACUGCUCCAAAAUUGUGUCAAAAUUGAUUUCAAGGGGUCCAAUCUUUUUGGCUACAAGUCUUUCCAGUGCCGCGGACUAUCCUUGAUAGAAUUGUCUCCAUAUGUAGGAUUUUCCUAAGGGGAAGAAAAUAUGCCAAAGUGGCAUGGGACGAUAUUUGUCUCCCUAAGGAUGAGGGGGGGUUGGGCAUUCGUAAUGCAAAUAUAUGGAAUCAAGCCCUCCUAUCUCGUACACUUUGGGAUGUGCACCUAAAAAAGGACACCCUUUGGGUUAAAUGGGUAAAUGGUGUCUACCUUAUUGGUAAAAGUGUGUGGGACUUCUCCUCACACAGCCGGGACUCGAGUUUCAUGAAAAACUUGGCAUUAAUACGAGAUAGGAUUAGGGGUUGUUUUAACAACCAUAAUGACACAAUUUUGGGGCUACCCUCUAGAUCUAUUAAUGGCAAAUUGAUUUCAAGUAAAAUUUAUGAACUUUUGAGAACUAAGGGAACGAUUAGAGUUUGGAUGAGCUUCAUUUGGAAAUCCUACAUCCCUCCAAAGUUCUCCUUUAUGAUUUGGCUUGCUUUUAGAAAUAGGCUACCAAGACAAGAUAGCCUUGGAUUUUUGCAUAUCGUUAAUAGAUGUGACUUCUGCAAGGGUGACUUGGAAACAAUGCCACACCUCUUUUUUCUUUGCUCUUUUACUUGCAGGAUUUGGGAGAAGAUUAGGGAAUGGAUGGGCAUGGAGAACCAAAUGACUACGCUGCAGAGCUCGGUCUAAUGGAUUUUGAAGAAGCACAAAGGCUCCACUUUGAAGGCAAAGGCUGUCCGGAUCGCAUUCUGUGCCGCGGCAUACUACAUAUGGCAUGCUAGAAACGCCUCUCGCUUUGAUGGAGCUAGGAAGAUGGAGGAUGAAGUUAUUGCGAAGAUUAAACAUGUGGUAUACAAGAUACUAUUUUCUAUAUACCCACAUGAUAUGAUCAGAUUUUAAAGAGAAGAAUUGGGUGAAGGCCCCGGCAUCCAGCCAUGGUCUAGUGUGUUUGCUCCUUGCAACACCACUGAAUUUUUUGCUUAAGCAAUGGGACUAACUUAUGUCCCAUUUGCCUGAUUUUUGCUUAGUCAUAUAUGUGCUACUUUGCACAACUGAAUUAUUUUUGUAAUGGGGCAUUUGGUAUAUUAUACUUAGGCCCCUUAGAUGUUGUUUUUGAUGUUAUGCUAGAUCGUAUAAAAACCUCUUCUUACCC